CCCCCACCUCUCUCUCCCUCUUUUCUCUGUGUUCUUAGAGUUUCUUCUUGCCUUCUUUCACUAAGAUAGGUAGACAUGGUUAUGUACAUGGGAUCUUGUGGUGAGUUCAAGUUGGUUAUUGUUUGUUCUGUAUCAAACAAGACAUUUUAUAGUACACAGGGGCAUUACAGGCAGUUCGAAAAGUUUUUUCAUUGUCAUGGAAAGACUGAACUCAAAGUUGUACCUGCAGAACUGCUACAUAAUGAAAGAGAAUGAGAGGCUAAGGAAGAAAGCACAGCUUCUCAACCAGGAGAAUCAAGCACUGCUAUCUGAGCUGAAACAAAAGCUCUCCAAGGCCAACUCAAAAGCCAAUGCCCCCAACAGUAUUCCAGACCUCAACCUCAGCUCCAGUUCCUCCCAUAAUCCUACCAAUUCCAGCACUAACUGAUCCAGCUGGAUAGAUUAUCAUGACCCCACUAGGACUCCUUUUGCCUUUUUUUGUGUAAAACCAUAGUCCCAGCAGUAGUAGUUAUUCCAGUUUCAGUCAUAUAGGACAAUAGAAGUAUCUUCCUUCCAGGGUUUCUUUUACUUCUAUUUCCAUGUUUAUCUCAUCUUUCUUUUUGGAGGGGGUUAAGAUAUGGAUUUCCGAACUAUGUAUCAAGCUAUCUUCUAAAGAUGAAUAUAAUAUUAUUAUAGUAUUAGAUUUCA